AGGAAGUCCAGCUGGCUUCACCUCUCACUAUCAUAAUUUAUGCAAGAAUUCCCCAUUGAUGGAAAUUUUAAAGAUUAUUAUAGCAUUCUUUGUAGUGACAAAAAAUUAUUCUUGUAAUUAUAUCCUUAUACUUUUGUAGAAUAAAUUCCUGGAAGAGGUUUACAUUCAUAUAAUUCUUUUAGUAGUUGCUUAUUUUUUCCCAAAAGGGUGUGGCAGUUAAUAAUAUCAGUAGUAUUCAUUUCCCCAAACUCUUGAUGAACCCAAUCUAAUGUUUUAUUUACAUUUCCUUGACUACUAGAGAAAUUGGGUUUAGCUUCAUAUGUUUGUUAUCUGUGCCCACUUUUCUGUGAAGUACUUCUUCAUUUUUUGCCCGUUUAAAAAACUAGGUUGUUUGACUUACUGCUUUGCAGGGGCUUUUUAUAUAUUAGGGAUAUUACUUUGUUUUGUGUUGCAAAUAUUUUCUCCUUAUCUGUUUGUCUUUCAGUUCUUCUUAUAAUUCUCCUUUGCUUUUCAAAUUAUUUUCCCGUUUUUUAGCUGUUGAAUUAAACAGUUCUUACCAUAUUUUGAUUCCCUGCAUUUUUCCAUUACUGCUUCCUGUUGGGAACGCUUGUUUGAAAAAAAUAACAGGAAGUUGAAUUUUAACUAUACUGUUGAGUUUGAGCUUUUGUAAAGUCAAAAGACAAAAUUAUCACAAAUGUAGUUUAAAGAUCUUAACUGGCUUUAUUUGCAGUUCUGGUAUCGGGCAGCAUGUGAUUCCAUAAGAUUGUGUUCGAGUGAGCUGAGGAGAGGAGGCUGGCUUUGCGGAAAGAAAAGGGCUGAAAAAUGCAGAAACAUAGAACCCAAAAUAGGUUGUUUCAAAGUUACUUUCUUUGUAAGGCCGGAACAGGGAGACACAACAAUGGAAAAUAACUGGUUAAAAUCGGGUUAGUUUUUGUUGUAAGGAUUAAAACAAAGGAAAGGUCUUUUCUGUGAUUGUAGGAAAAUGUGAAUUUUCUGACUCAGGUGUGCCCUCCACCUUGACCAGUCUCCCCUUGGUGUUCUCCCAAAGCAGAGCCCUUCCUUCUCCCUUGUUUAUUUAAUAUUCAUUAUAGUUAUGGAUUUCUGGAUUCCUAAUUUUUCAGGGGUCUGUUUUCAAUACUGUUCUUGUUUUUGUCCCUACAUUGUCCCAGCUUUAGGAUUGCCAGACUCAAAUAUUAUGAUUAUGGCCUACUAGGUGACCUUCAGUUCAUACUGUCUGGAGGAGUGCUGAAUGCAGUUAUUGGCAGCUCUUCAGUGGGUCAUCUGUGUGUCACAGCCUCAGAAGACCAGCAAGAUGGCUGCCAACAAGAGUAAGGGCCAGAGCUCCUUGGCCCUCCACAAGGUGAUCAUGGUUGGCAGCGGAGGCGUUGGCAAGUCAGCCCUGACGCUUCAGUUCAUGUAUGACGAGUUUGUAGAAGACUAUGAACCUACCAAAGCUGACAGUUAUAGAAAGAAAGUGGUUCUUGAUGGGGAAGAAGUUCAGAUAGAUAUUCUGGACACCGCUGGGCAAGAGGACUACGCAGCCAUUCGAGAUAACUACUUUCGGAGUGGGGAAGGGUUUCUUCUUGUGUUCUCAAUCACAGAACAUGAAUCCUUUACAGCAACUGCCGAAUUCAGGGAACAGAUUCUCCGUGUGAAGGCUGAAGAAGAUAAAAUUCCACUGCUCGUCGUGGGAAACAAGUCUGACCUAGAGGAGCGGAGGCAGGUGCCUGUGGAGGAGGCCAGGAGUAAAGCCGAAGAGUGGGGCGUGCAGUACGUGGAGACGUCAGCGAAGACCCGGGCCAACGUGGACAAGGUGUUCUUUGACCUAAUGAGAGAAAUCAGAACAAAGAAGAUGUCAGAAAACAAAGACAAGAAUGGCAAGAAAAGCAGCAAGAACAAGAAAAGUUUUAAAGAAAGAUGUUGCUUACUAUGAGUGUCAAGGUGACGGAUGAAGCCAGCUGCUCCUAAGGACACAGGGCUGGGUUGGUAAAGAGAAGGCUAUGGUUAACUUCUUGCUUGUGCUUCCCACUCUCCCCAACUUCAUUCACUCAAACUUCUUUAAAUGGGGAAAAAUAUUUGUGACUCAGUGGCUGGCAGAAGAAAUAAGCCCAUGCAAGUGGAAGGGCUGCUUUGUCAGGAGGUUGUGGAGUUUCUUUCUUCUCCCCUUCUUCCCUCCCAAAAGCUUAGCUAUGUAUGAAGUGCCACAGAUAGGAAACAGCUGUUAAUUACAAAGAGAAAGAAUUGUCAUAGCAUCUUAUUUUGUUCCUAGUUUUAUAACAUUACCAUCCUUCGUUUCGAACUACAGAUGUUGUAGUGGGUUUCGGAGGAGGGAGUGGAGUAAGAUGCCUUCCCACUUUUAUCAGUUUAGUAGUAGUACUGAGAAAAAUCCCUUCAGCUCUAAGAACACUGAAAAAUCCACCGAUUUUUUGGGUAAGCUUCUUGGCAAUACCCUGUGGAUCUGAAACAGCUAAAGAAAUGAAUUUGAAUUGCGCCAGAUAGGUCAAUACCAAGCUUCUGAUUCCUCCUCACAUAUGAAAAGUGAAAGUUGUGAGUUGUUUUCCUCUUAUUUAAACAUUGGCCUAUUAUAAUCUGUGUUGGUUAUUUUUCUCCUGUAAGCAUCCUGAUUUUUAUGUAGGGACUUUUCUUUGGCAGACCAAGUGAAGACUCAGGAAUGGUGUGCAUUAUAAAUGACACACGUUGCCACUCGUGUAGAUAUUUUUAAGUUCUUUGGCUAAGUCCUCUCCUAACUGCCUGUCCUCUGGUUAGGCCCCUCCCUCUCCACUAGUGGUGAAUGCAUGUGUCUGUCUGAUCAGCAUCACUGCACACGGAGGUCUAGUGAGCCUCUUGCUAAGUGUCACACACACUCUUCCCAAAGACGUGAUGAGUUAAAGUUGUAUUCUGAAAUCGUGAAGCCAGAGCCUGUGCCAGACCUUCUGCUACCUCUCAUAGAAUUGCUCUGUAAUUCUAAAUUUAAAAUUAGAAGUAGAGAGAGAUAAAGCCAUCGCCCCUUUGCCUCUGAGAAUUGGCUGCUGUUUCUAAUAUAAUUAUUUUCUAAGAUAGCCAGAUAGUUAGAAAAAGAUUUUCAUUGAUGACAUAUCUUUAAACUUUCUUGCAUCAGUAUUCUAAAUUGAGCAAACUAAAAGAUUUUCAUCAGGAAAGGAGCACUGUGGUAAAAGCCCAGUAUUCACAUUUUUUCCCCAUUUUUCAGAAGCAACAUUUCAUAUAUAGGUGCCAAAAGUGAAUCGGGGUGUGGAGAGUGGGAACCUUUUGAAUUUAUGAUUAUCACAGAGAUGGUAGAAAUUAUGAUCUGACUGGAAAACAAUCCUGUAUCCCCUCCCAAAGAAUCAUGGGCUUUUUUUUGAAUAAAAAAGCAGGCAAAUAGA